CGCCCUGACAUAACGCUGCACCGAUACUUCAUUCGGACAUAAUUUUUACUGUGACAGCCACCCGGACUCAGCAGCUGCAGCCUCACUUGAACUCGACUCGUCCAUGAAUUAGCAUUGCUUACAUCUCGACAAUGUCUUUAACUAGUUUACAGCUGUGUCAGUUGAUACAAGUUAGCCAUUAGCUCUCAGUUCAGUCAGCCAGCACACUACCAAGCGAAUGUCUCGUGCGGUUACUAUAGCACCAUCACCACGACAACGGCGGAACGAACGUGUGACGGAACGCUGAAUGGAACGAUGCUGAGAUUCCUCCAUAUUCUGUUAACCGGUCUGUUAGGUAUUCUGUGGGAGAGAGUUACCGCUGUUGAUAGGAUUAGACUAGUGGAUGGGGACAACAAGUGUUCUGGCAGAGUUGAAGUACUCCGCCAUAAUAGGUGGGGGACAGUUUGUGACCAUGGCUGGGACCUCCGGGAGGCUGAUGUGGUGUGCCUGGAGGUGGGAUGUGGCUUAGCUGAAUCUCCUGUUCAUCGUGCAGCAUUUGGUGCAGGCAGUGGAGAGAUCUGGCUGCAGCAUGUCCAGUGCUCUGGACAUGAGUCUAGUUUGUCACGCUGUGGUGUUGUCCUCCACAGUAACCCCACCUGCACCCAUGAGAAUGAUGCAGGGGUGAAAUGCUCAGGUACCCUUUUAAUGCCCACACUCUCCCUGCUGUCGCCUCACACUGUGUUCUCUCCCGGGGAGGCUGUGCGCUUCAGCUGCAGUGUUCUGCUGGGUCACCACCCCAGCGACUUCCACCUGUACAAGCAUGGAGUAUCCACACCACUGGUUACACAGAGGGUCGACCAGAGCCAGACUGGAGUGGAGCUGACACUGUCCGACAUAGAGACUUUCCACCAGGGCAGCUAUAGCUGCCGGUACAGGAUCAGGGGCUUCUCUCCUUCUCAGCUACACAGCUCUCCACCCAGCAACUCUAUCAAUAUCACUGUGGUGGAACUCCUGACCCCCCAACACUGGUUCAACACGUCCACUGAGGCCCCGACUGGUUCUGUCAUUAAAGGCCACAGUUUUAACAUCACCUGCUCCACCCUGCAACAGUACCCUGGGGGCUCCUUCCAGUUGCGCCUCAUCCGCUCCAACGGCACAGUGCGCCAGUCUCUGCCUGCCCUCACCCCGUCUGUCACUUUCACCUUCCCCAGCGCCCAGAGCGCCAACGAGGGCUACUACUACUGCCUGUAUCGGGUUCAGCUGGGUGGACGCACGUUUGUCUCCAGAGAAAGCCAGCCGCUGCCUAUAGCCGUCAGAGACCCAGAUCCAGUACUAAGUCCAAUGGUGAUCAGCUGGCUUGUGUCUGGCCUGACAUUUUUGGUAGCCGUCGUCAUUAUCAUCAUUGUGGCCAAAGUGCUGUGCAACAAAGAGAAGAAGCCCUCUGAACUGGAGCGAGAGACCAGAACCUGUGUGGACAACACUUAUGUUGCCUUAUCAAUUAACAAGCUAUGACGGAAUACGCAGGCAACAUAUUAGUAAAGGGGUAACGAACUGAAGUGGAGCAUUCUGUGUUGCAGAAUCACCGGAGCGGACAGUCAGAUGGCUCACACUACAUCCAUUGUGGAUUAAAGCGGGAGGAGAUGUAACAAAGAACCAGACAGCUCGGUGAGCGACUCACAACUUUGGUGAAGGCAGCAGGUGGAACCAGUUCAGUACUAAACAUAACAUAGACCUGUUUAAGAUUGCAUUGCGCACCAGAUUUCUGCUGAAGGACAAUGGAUACUGUCUUACAGUGACAUGUAAGCUAAUGGACACGAACGGCACAAACAAUACACUGGUUGAAGUCACUACAAUUUAGAUUCAGUCUUGGUUGCUGACCCCAAAUAUGUGGACUGGAAAGCUACUACUAAAAGCUCAACUGGGAAACUGUGACAUAGGUUCCUCAGGUCUUUGUAUGUGCUGUAUUAAAAACAGUUUUUUUUAUUUAUUACCGGGUAAUACUAAUGACUAAGCUCCACUGGCUUACUGUGUACUUGCUUCCAUACAAGAAUGGUCGUUUAAGGAUUAGAGGAUUUUUUAAAUAUUUUAAGUCUA